AUGCCGCAGAACGCGAGAAAGGGAGGUGCUUCAGGCGGCCAGAUUCUCGUGCUCCGCAACAGCGACGCCGAUCCCACAUCAGGAGAUGCCAUCAUUCCUCCAGGAUACACCGUGCUGUUUAUUCACGAUGGCUCCUCUUGGCGUGAUGUCCGGGUCCUAGAGGCCGACGUCAAAGAGCUUCGUGGAGUUUCCUCCUUCACCGCUGCGGAAGACCUUGACAUCGGCGAAUUCUCCCUCACGUGGGUCAUGUUUCUGUCGACUGUUUGA